AUGUGGGAUGAAUCUUAUGAAAUAUUUAAACGGUUCAAGUUGGAUUCAUUGGCGAGAGAUAUUACAAAUAAUGGACUUGAUGGCUCUCUGUGGGAAAAGGUCCAAGAAUAUUUGUUGGUAGGAACAAAUUCCUUGAUUAAACAAAAGAACAAAUCAUUUCAACAAUCGGGAGCCGUUCAAAAUCCCGAAGAUCACGAUCCCGAAGGGUCAUAA